UCAAGGAAGAUUAUAACAAAGCAGAUGAGUCGUUAAGAACAACAAAUAUCUUAAUCGUUAUGGGUAAGUGAUAUACUUUAAUUUGAUUGGUUUCUUUUCGUUCGACCGCAGAUCUUAAACGCGACGUUUCGACUAGCAUGUUUACAGCUAGAUCUUCUGGGUAAAAUUUCCGCACAGCCCCAUACUACAUUAUGCAUUCAGUUCUUGGACAGAGAAAACAAUGACAAAAACAAUACAUUGCCAUAGGGAAAACAGAUUGGUUUGACAAUAGUAUGGGGCUGUGCGGAAAUUUUACCGUGUCCUUUACUCAGUAAAUGACGAUUUCAAAACUAUAUAGCCACGAAACUGACCGAAAAUGAAAGAUUAACAAAUAAGACUGCUUAAAUUAGAUAAUAACUGUCAUUUACAAGCGUUCAGUCGCAAGGAAUUGUGAAUCCUAAGUGGGUGGGGAAGGGGAGGUGGUACAUGCAAUAGUGUCGGAUUGGAAACGAACCUUAAUUUGUUUAUAUCGACAAUGUGGACGAAAGAAUUAAAUCACAUUUAUGUGAUUAUCACCAACAAGGUCUGAAUAAUGAUAGAGAGUCCUUUUAAACUAAUAUGGGUAGUUCAGAGGCAACAAAUAAGUGCAGCACUAUUUGUUAAGGCUAGAAAGUUAUUGAUGUAUGACAACAAAUGUUAAUAAGGACACCAUAAAAAAUGAAUUGUACACAUUGCUUGUUUUGGAAAUCUCUCCAAAUGAUAAUAAUGUAUAUUUGUUGAGACUGUUGACUUCCUCAUUCAACAUAAGUCAAUUUUUGACUUAAUUCCUGUAUGUAAACAUAUAAAUCUUCCAAUUGUAGAUGACAGCAAAAAGGCAUUUAUUGAUCGGUUUGUGCAAUCAGUACUCCACCAUGGUCCAUCACUGAUUACAUUGACAAGAGAUGAACAAGGAGAUGGGCAAGGUUCAGCCACAGACUUCCUUCAUCCUGCCACACAGAACAGUUCUGCCUUGAAUUACUUCAAGAACAGGCUUCAUGUGAGUAUCAGGGUUUUUAAGAGGGUUGUGUGAAAGGUUAUGUUCCUUAAGAAGUUUCUCCAUUCAACCCCUCAACUGCUAAGAGUGAUAAGCAUCUAAUUUCUCCCAAUACUAUCAUUCCUAAGUCAAACAUUAAAGUCAUGAGAUUGAAGGAAAUGAUCACAAACUCAAGAAGCUCUUGAUUGUUAGACAAAUUCUCUUUGUAAUCACCAUAGGUAAUGUGUAGAGAACAGUAUGAAGAACUUAUAUACUGACACCAUUUUUAUUUGGGUAUCAUGCAUUGAGAGGCAAGAAAAAAGAGUAUAGAACUUAACUAUAAAUAGCGUGUUCUAAUUGAAGAAACAAGACUCAGUACUGACAGAUAGAACAUCAAGUUUUUAUGUAGUGUAUGCUUUGGGCAUAAUGAAUUCUUACUAAUUAGUUUUUAUUGCCAAACCCAUUUUGUCUUGAGGGUGAGAGAUUUGAACAAUGUUUUGAUUACUUCCUGCAAAUGACUUGUCUUUAUCCUUUUAGUAAGCCAGGGUUAAUUUAAUCAUUCAGUUUUUCAAUAAACACUUUCAGUAGUUUAUAAAUUUAUUGCUUUUAGGUAAGCACCCCCAUGGAUGCUAAAAGUAAAUUUUUGGAAGCAAUGAGUGAAAUAGAUCAGAAAUCUGGGAUGAAAAUGGGGAUGUACCACUUAUCAGAUAGUCAGCAAGACAUGAAACGGUAAUAUUGUAUUAAAUUAGUGUAUGUGUUUUACUAAAAUGUACUUUUUAACAAAAGGAUUUCCCUUAUUUUAAAGGGAAGGAAAAUUGACUUUUUACUUUGCAGCAUAAGGCCUCCUGGAAAAAUUUUCACACAGCCUCAUACUUCAUUAUGCAUGCACAUCUUAAUGGUGAUGCACUGGAUAAUAAAGCCCCAUAUAUGGAUGCAUAAUGAAGUAUGGGGCUGUGCAGAAAUCUUGCUGGCCUCCUUCCUUUGUGCUACUGCUUCUUUCAAAAUUUUAGAAUUUUUUUAGCAUAUUUUCCAAUAAAAUGAUUUUUAAUGGAUAUUACUUAUCAUAAACUAGGUGUUCAUUAAAUCAGUUUGAUAUUGACCAAUAAUUAUUUUGUUUUGUAAAAAAAAUAAUUACCUUUUAACUUAUUAAAUACAUUUAGAUGUGAAGAUGAAGACUUCUGCCUCAGAGUAAAACAACUUGUUGCCUCCAAGGCUGACUUGUUGUUCUCCAUGGAAGGAAAGGGUAAAUUAAGGAGAGGAAUUGACUAUGGCAUGCAUUCAAACCAAGAAGGUAAUGUUAGCAAAACACUUAAAACUGAAGAGUCUUUUGGUUUAAACAAGAAUAUGCUUUUGAACAACUUUGUUUGUUUCAUGUUUUUCUUUCUUCUUUUUUGUGUUUCAGUAUCUUGAAAGAUAACCUUACCCUAUUUAUCAAAGACUUUUUUGUAUUCUAAGUAUUAUGUAAUUUCUUUGUAUAGGCAGUGUUCUCUUGUGUACAUGAAUUAAUUUUUUUUUUUCCGUUUUUAGUGUUAGAUCUCUAUGCUGAUGCACCUCCUCUUGAAACGUUAAUGGAGGUUCCUUUACAUGUCCGAAGGAAACGGCUGUUGAAUGUAAGGCCUUACUAUAAAUUAUUUCAUUUUCUGAUCAGUCUUCCUUUACAAAAGGCUGUUAGAGUUAUUUACAUCAAAGGACCCUCUAUAGAAAGGAUACCAGACUCGUGAAAUGAAAAUUUUUUUUCACAAGAAAAAUAAUAAUUUAUUCAGGUUUACACAACUGUAGUGUUUCUUUGUUUUCUAUUGCAGUGUUUAAAUGAAGGUGACAUUGUCAUUGGUAAGGUAGCUUUCAAAAGACCAUUUGGUAUCACAGUGACACUGACUAUGCUGGAGUUUGGUUGCAAAAGGGAUUUCACUGAUCUGGAUAUACAGGUUUAUAUAUUAUAUAUAUAGGUUUUAUAUUACUCCUCUUCUGUUGAACCUGUAUUCAGCAGUCAACCUGUAUUAAGCGGUCACCCUAUCAUUCUUUGUGGGCAACCUCUUAAGAGAGGUUUGACCUUUGAUAAAUUAUGAUUGCUGCUUGUAAUUUCAAGCUUUCUUACAUUCAAAAUGAUUUACACCCCUUGCUAAGAAACUUUAACAAUUGUUUGUCACUGCAGCUUUUUUUUCUGUUAAGCAAGUUUUUCUGUACAUUUUCACACCCACAGGCCCAGUGUAAGGUAUCUGAGUUAAAUGAUUCAGAUAUGUCCAGGGAAUACAAAGAUCCCACUGAUGCUUAUCUUGUUGGUGAUGUUGUCCGAGGUAUGCUGUAUAUGUGUGGGGAUACAUCUUCUUUCUUAGUUUGAGACUUUUACAACCAUAAUCUUAUGAAACUUCAGUUAAAAAUAGGGCUCUUAAUGUUAAGAAUUCUCCUGUAGUCUGAGAGUGAAUUUUUUCUUUUCUCAGGUUCAACUCAAUCACAAGUAUCUUAGUUGGCAGUCAUGACUGUAUACAUAUAACUUAAGCUGAAUCUAAUCUAUAGGCUACAUUUUUAUAAACAAAGUUUGCAUCUGCCUGUGAAUGUUUAAAAGGUUUAGCCCACCAGCUUUGCUGACUAUUUUCAAACUUCAAACUCAAUGCAGGGCCUUGAUUAGAAAACAUGAUAUUAUGGAAGAAACAAAAGAAUUAGCUUUACUUACAUUUUUAAGUGUUACUUGUGUGAGAUAUGCACAACUGUACUAUCAUUCUUCUAUCAUUUUAAUAAGAGGGAAGCAUACAAGCAAAAGUGUUGAAUAACCACAGAAUGAAUUGGGGCUCUUUUGUUUUUCAGGAGUAAUCACAAUUGUGAAUCAGCAAGAGGGGAGAGUCUUCAUUUCAUUCAAACAAUCAAAAUUACCUGAAGAACAUAAACACUUACAUCUGGUAAUUUAUUGGCAUACUUGUUAGAUCUUCUUAUCAACAAUGGUUUUGUUGGUCAAAUUUUUUUAUGAGCUCCUACUGCCACACUAUAUCCCAGUUUUGGAAGAACAAAUUUGCCAAAAGUGUUCCUACUCCUCAUAGAUGGGAUGGGAUUUCAGUCCAUAGCAGCUGACUUGAUUCACCAAUUUCUCAAGUUUCUCCAGUCUUUUCAAAGUACCAAUUAAUACUUCUGACCCUGGUUGUUAUAUAGUGGGACAAUGCUGUUCACUAAAUAAAUAUCUACCCAUUGGAUAGUGCAGUAAAUUUUCAAGUGAUUUAUUCUUGGGAUAUUAUUAUCCACCUUUUGAACAAUUGGGCCAUGGAUGAAGUAUUCUCCUUUGCAGCCAUUCUUUGGUAUGUCACGCAACACUUUCACAGGGGGAGUGUUGCGUGACAUGACAAAGAAUAGCUACAAAGGAGACUAAGGAUGAAGAGGCACCAUGGGGGUUAGAUAACUUUUGCAAAAACUCAACACAAUGACAUGGCUAGACCACAAACCAGGACAACUUGAUCAUUUUUGAUUGCAUAAAUAAUAAAUAUAAUGUUAUUCACCAGCCAGGAGGUUGGUAUUCGGAAAAACUGUGCCAAAGGUCUCAAUACCGGCCUCUGUGGUUCUUAAGACAGAGGGCACAGUUCUUUCCAUUAUGGACUGACCAAGGCUGGUGAACAGCAUUUUAAUUUUCAUUCCAAAACCUGAUAUAAUAAAUAUAUAAUGCUUGCAAAAAGAACCUGAACAAGGAGGGCUGUAAUUUUGGCAAGAUCCUCCAUAAUUAGAGCAAUUUUUAAGAAAUAGAUCACAUAUAAAACAGGCAAUGUAAAUUAAAGAAAGAGUUUACACUGAAACAUUUUUAUUUGAAUAAUGAUACAAAACAAACUUUCAAAGAGUUUUUUAUUGAAGGAGAAAAAUAUUGUGUGCACACUUCUGAAUGAACAACAGUACUGGUUUGGCCAACAAACUCAAAUUAAAUGACUAUGACAACAAUCUUUUCUUCAAAAACAGUCAGUGAUCUUACAGAAAGUAUUAUUCAAAUCCAACAACAACUAAUGUACAAAGAUUUACCUCUGUUCUGUUUUAAAUGGUAAGGAAAGUCACUGUAAGUAAAUUUGCUCAUUUGUUUCCGAUAAUGGUAUGAGUAAAACUUGUCUUUCUUCUACUGAAAAACUGAAGUCACCUGAGACAAUUUUUCUAGACACAAGGGAAUUUAAUGUGGCUUUUACUCAUUGAACUCCUUAGGUUUCUGUUACACAAUUUUACAGUAGAAAUGGCCAAUGAAAUUGGACUCAAAAAUUGUGUUUUUAGUAGAACUCAAGGCUUAGCUCAACUUUUUACAAUAAACAAAUUGUUUUGGAGAAAUCAGUAAUAAACUGGAUGUGAGUAACAUUAAUUACUCAAAAUUAAAAUAAAUACCUCAUAUUUUUAAAUAUCUGAAUUACUUUUUGUUAAGGGAUAUUAAAUUACAAACAGUUUUUAGACAGAAUCCAUAAUUCUCCAUAUUUUUCUCUAUGUGUUUCAUUUGCUCCUGACUAGGAGAGUUUGUGUAACACUCAAAGCAAUCAUUUCCUCUUCUUGAUCUUGAUGUUUCAUAGUUUAGCAGUAUUACUGUAGGGAGAAAUUAGAUGCUGGUAACUCUAAGGGUUUGGUUUACUUCCUUCUAGGGUGUUAUUGAUGAUCAAGAUACAAGUGUUAAGAGGUAUGGUUAUUUAUUUUAUAAGUUGUUUUCAAUUGGUUUUUCUAUCACCCUAUUCCCUAAGACAUAUAAUUCAUACAAUUAUUCUUGAAAAGUAUUAUAUUGUAAUAAGUUUUUGUGGUCAAUUUUGUGUUACAAAAGUUAUGCUUUUUUGUAGUGAUGCUGUUCUAAUUGCUGAUAAGUUAUAUUUGAGAUCAAAUCAACAAACAAAUAAAUACAUAAAGUCAUUGCUGAUGCACUUCAGCAUUAGGACAUGUUUAAGGGGCUCUACUACCUUACAUUGCUAUAGAUUACAGGCAAUCUGCACUGUUUAUAAAGCAAUGAAAACCCCUUAAGAACAAUACAUGCAGCAUACUGGUUGAAGAAGGAGACAAUGCUGUAAAAAGAUGAUGAUAAAUUAUUAGAAGGUGCUUUGUGUGGUUGCAGGUUACUGAGUUAUCCAGAGGGACUGGGGUUUGAAGAACAUCUGAAAAUGAGCAAAGGCUUUAACAACCCAAGAAAUAUUGAUACACUCAUUGAUGUGCUUGGUAUUGAUACAUCUGCCCCCUGCUCCCUGUUGAGAGGAUUCCAAAGGUGUGCUAGACAUCAUAGCUGUUUUUUCAGAGUUAUUUGGCUCUAAAACUCGGAUAUGUAAAUAAUAGUACAUGUUCUAUAGAAUAUUUUGCAGAAACACAAUUACCAAUGCAUUGUUAACUUGGAAUUGUUCCUAUAGGUAUAAUUGUCCUGAAGAGGAAUUUGCAGAACAGCUAAGAAGACAACAAUCUGCCAAGUGGUCAAUGGAUACGUAAGAAAUUUAUUAUGUAGCUAUUACAUGGAGCAUUAAGUGACUGUAACAUUUUGGAAAAAUUCCAGCCAUUGUGUGUUUCAUUCUUAAAAUGGCAAAGCGAUUCAGUCCAUUAAAGGUGAAAGUAUCAAUUGAUUUUUCAAUUUUUUCUACAAAGCAAUUUUUUCAUUAUUCUCUGAUAGUGAAUGAUGUCUUUCUAUUAGUGCUUUACUUUUCUCUUAUACUCAAAGGUCACCACACUUUUUUUUCUAAGAAACUUUGGUGUCAAGUUAAUUUAAGGAUCUUAAAAUUGUUUGUUUUGUAGCACUGCCAAGGGAGUGGAACAUUUUAAGACAGGAAAUUAUGACACUGCCUUGAAAUACUUCAAGCAUGCACUGCAGAUUGAUGGUAAAAAUGUUGAGGCAAUGGUGGCACAAGGAGCUCUGUGAGUCAAUUACAGUUUCUCUAUUUCAGUUUCUCGCCUUUUAGAAGUUUCUUUUUAAUGUUGCAUGGUUCCUUUUUCAGUUUCCAUGGGUCACUCCUCAAUUUGUUUUGGGCUGUAUUACCUUUUUGUUUUUGCAACAGUAUGUUGCAUGUUAUCUUGCAUGUUACACCUGUUUAGCUUAAGUUUAACAAAGGUCAAAACUUUGCAUCAGUUACACAUGUUAUCCUGUUCUUAUCCCAAUUAUUUGUCAUUUGUGACAUUACCCCGAUUUAGUCAGUUGAUGUAAGUGACAAUAGUUGGUUAGAGGCAGUCAAGGUUGAUUCAGGCCAAGUAAAAGUUAGAGAUUACUGUGAGUUACUUUUGAGUUACUUUUGCUUGAACAAAUUUUGCCUUUACAUGAUGAGUUGCAUUAACUGUUUGUUUAGGUAUUUUUAAGUCAAUUCAUUGUUUUUUCAGGUUUGCCAACCAAGACCAGCUUACUACUGCUGUUAAGAAUUUUAAGGAUGCACUAAAAAUUUGUCCAAGCCACAGGAAUGCCAACAAAUAUCUCACAGCAACUCUUGUGGAACUUGGAAUACAGUUAGUACUGGUGGUCUAGUUUUUAUUUAAUUUUAUUUUUAUUUUCUUUUUAUCAUGAUUGGAGAUUGAUGAAAUACAGAAUAUCUUUAGUUUGAAACCCAUGAUAUCUUCACCAUGUGCAGUGAAGGUACCAUUCUUAUCUUCCGACUUGUGAAUGUGACAAGGUUUUCCUGUUGACUGGGUUAAUCAACAUAGCAGUUUUACUUUUUACAGAUCAUCUUAAUUUUUAAGUUACCAACAUCACUGAAGAUUAAAUUUAACUUUUCUCUAAGAGGAAAAAAUUUUUAUGACAAGAUCUUUUCUUAAUUUUAUGUCGGAAGUUGAAAUAGUUCACUUUUUUUCUGUAGCUGCUUCUAUGUCACAGUGAUCUCUGCAUUCUACAUGUAUGCUCUUAACUCUUUAACUCCCAAGAUCUCAUUAGUAAUUCUCCUUACUGUCAGCUAUUCAGUUCUUGUGAUGUUAGUUUGGAGAAUUUGGUAUUGGAUCAAUUUAUAAUCCCCCAACUGAUAUUUUUCUUUAUUUUCAUUACUUGUCUGCUCAAUUUUGUAUUGAUAUUGUAAGGAGAAAUUCUGUCUUGGUCACUCAUGGGAGUUAAAGGGUUAAAAUAUUUUUUAAAAUUGUUUGGUUUAUGCUCUUAUACCUACAUAAUAAUUAGAACAUUACAUGUCUAAUAUUCCAUAUUUUAUUCUGCUCUUUUUCUUUUGAACUGUUAAUGUAUAUUCAGACAAGAAAAAGAAGGUCUUUUGAAAGAAGCCAUGCAGACUUUCAAAGAGGCACUGGGACUAGAUUUUAACCAGGAAACUGCAAAAGAACAUCUGGAAAAUUUAGAGCAGCAAGUUAAACUGAUGGAGCAGGUGAGUCACUUGUUUUGGGUAAGAAGUGCCUCAAGUAACUAUUUGCAUGAAAGUCAGAUAUUAUCAUUUUCCCCAGAUGACAAUUCUGUAUUCAAUCUUAAUCAAACCUUUUUACCAGGAGGGGGAAAAAACCUAUAACUUCAAUUUGGGCCCAGAGGCUCUUAUAAUACUUGUAUUUCUCCAAAUUUAUCGAGCCUUAGUCAGCUGGGACAAGCAAAAAAGAAAGUGACUUCAAAUUGGCAGUAGUUAUGCAAGGAGAGCUUGGGAAGGGGUUUUUUUUUCACAUGAAUUCCCCUGACAACCACAAAUUAAGUCGUACACCUGUCUUUUUGCUUGACUUCACUGGACAAGAGCCAGAGACAGGCCAGAAAUUAGGGCAAGGGGUUUCCUGUUAAAUGUGUAACACAUGUUUUCAAACAUUUUUUCAUGUUUUCAGUUUAAAUUCUUGCUAAUGCGGUUUUAUUUUUUCCUUUCAUGUAUGGCUGCUGUGGUUCACCCCUUGAUUGCUGGAUGAAUGAAAUUGCUGAUUUGUGACCCCUGUGUUGUCAAUUAUUAAUCUGCUGCAACACUGUAAUUCAACAACUGAAUUUCUUCCCUGGAAUGUGCCCUUUUUAUGGAAUUGUUUUUAAAAAUUUUUUUGUCUGUUUCUAUUGCAAUUUGAAAUAAAACUAUUGAACCAUUUUGUCCUGUUGCCAUUUACUUUAAAUCCUUCCCCUUUCUGAAUGUGACGAUUGUUUCACUUACUACUAUCACAUCACUUUUAAUUACCACAUUAUUUGAAAUAACUUUUGUUUUCACUUUUUGCUAUCAUGUUUAAAAAUAUUUCUAUGCCUUUUUUUUUCACUUUUAAUAUUACUUUCCAUUAAUUGUUUUAUUUACAACUUUUUCCUUCAUUUUAUUUUUUCUCUUUAAUUCAUUUACUUUGCUUUGUUGUGAUUUUUUUAUUUACUGUUUCUUUCUAUCUCUAUUUUCUUUGUAUACAUCCUGUUUAAUUUUUUAUUUUUUCCUGCCCUAUUUAUUAACUUAUUCAUGUCCAAUCACACCAUUGGUAAUGCAUCUGGCAUUGUCUUUCUUCAUGGUAUUUUAACUCACCUGGUUUUUUCCCACUGUGAAAUUUCCUGUGGUGCCAGAAGAAAUCACAAGCUGCAACAAGGGCAGACAAAGGGUUGAAGAGCAGAUUCAGUCAUGUGCGAGAGCUAAUACUGGAGGAACAAAGUCAGGCAAGGAAGAAACAAAAACGAAAACACAGGUAUGGCCAGUUCCAAGAUAGUUGUGCAUGUGAUGGUUCCUGUUGUUUUGAAACCAGUUUGAUCAUUAAAGUCGUUUGUAAAAAAAACAAUAGAGAGAGAAAAUUUUAGCCAGGCCCUAUACAUGUAUAUGCUUCAAAAGAUACCCCUUUUUUUCUCAGAAGGCUGAGGUUAUGCCAGGGUAUUAUUCGUGUAGUUUACAUAGUUCUACACACUCAUUCUUAAUUAAGAUACAAAACCUUUGCAUUAAGAAUCUGUCCAGAUUUGUAGUUAGUUGUCUUAAUUAGUGUACUACUUAUCCAACUUAUUUGGGCAUGAGUAUUUUUCUCCUUAUUGACAGCCCCAUCUCUUAACACUUCACAAUUGCAUUAUGUUCUGUGUGUUAGGGAAAUAUUCUUCUUUGCUUGAAUAAACACCUGCCCCAGGGAGAGUCAGAAGUCACAAGUCAGGGGUCCUUGUUCUGUGAACCACUUCCUGUUUCUUUAUUUGAGUUGUAUUACUUGCAAUCAAGAUUUUUUUCAAGUUUUAGCCUUUUGCACCACUAAAAUUAAAAUAUUGAGUUCCAGAGAGAACCAAACCUUAUACUUUGUCAGUAAAAAAAUAACCAGUUACAUGCUAUUUGCACAGUAUCCUAUUUUAUUCUGGAAUUGAUUUCAGAAUCUGACAGUGCUAGAGUAUUGUACAGCAUGUAUGUUGUACACUUUAUAUCCUAAGAACAAAUGGAUUCCCUCUUGAAUGCCUGGUUAGCUCUAUUGUUGUUGGCUGUACAUGCAGUAUUGUCUACAUGAUCAUUGUAACAUGUUAUUUGUUUCUGUAAUGACCAUGUGGUUGCUGCUCUGAACAGCUGGAAAGCAAUGGAGCUUGGUAAAAAUAGGAAGUUAAUUAUUAUAUCAGAUUCUAAAUAGCCCCAGAUUAACACUUUACACCCUAAUAUCAGUAUGCAAACUCUCCAUAUCAUGCUCUAUACAUUUCGUAAGGUGCUGACAAGGAGAAUUUGUUUAGCAAUCAAGCUUCUUUAGUUGGUGAUCAUUUCUUUUAUUCUCCUAGCCUAAAUGAUGGGUUGGGGAUGAUAUUGUAAGGAGAAAUUAGAUGUUAGCUACUCUUAGGUGUUGAAGGGUUAACGAUUGAGGCUUCUUGAAAGUACUGAACUUUUUUUCUGGUCAUUAAAUUUUUUGUUGUUUCUUAUUUCAUAAUUUUUGUUUUUGUUGGUAGAAAGAAGAAAACAGUUGAACAUCAGAAGAAGAAAAAGAAAAAGAAAGCAAGAGUGAGAGUUGGAUGUCAUUCAAAGCGAUCAUCAAGCUCAUCAUCUCAGAGCUCAAGUGAAUCUUCCAGUAGUGAAAGUGAAUCUUCAACACAGUCAAGUGGCAGUGACGAAUGGGUGGAAAGUACUGCAGUUGAAAACAAAACUAAAAUAGAUAGAAAGAAACACAAGCAUUCUAAAAGACAACAGAGGUUAAGUCAGAAUGUGAGAGAAAGUCAUGUUCAUGCUGACAGGUCAAAAAGCAACAAAUAUUCACGGGAAAUUCAUCAUUGGACUGAUUCUGAUUUAAUAGAUGUAAGCAAAAAACCCAGCCCAAGGCAAACAAGACUGAAGGUUGAAGAAAGAGAAAGAAGAAAAAGCCCUCAUCCUUCAAAGUCAUCUGUAAGUUCCAGCAUUGAUGGAGAGAAGGUGAAACAAUAUAAAGAUGAUAAAGAAUCAAUGGAAAGUAGAUCUAGGAAAAGAAAAAACAGUGAGAAAGACUCUUAUAAACAAGAAAGCAAGGAUUCAAUGUGUUCAAAAAGAGCUCAGUUAUCAGAUAACAAUGGUUCUGCAUCAUCCAACAUCAGUGAGAAUUCUAUCACAGGAAUGCUGAAGAGAAUCAGAGAGCAUAGUGACAAAAAUGACAGGUUGAAGGAGACAAAUGCAAGAGAAACCUCAGGUGCCAGUUCAAAUUAUAAAUAUGCUGCUGCUACUGAUAUAGGAAGUAGAGGAAGAGCACCCAGCUCCAAAAAGGAGAAGAACAAUGCAGAGAAAGUUAAAGAAGGCUCUGUAACCAAGGCACAAAAUGUUAGUGCAGUCCAUUUUCCUGACUCAACAGAUGCUUAUGGGAAUGCUAGAAGUUCAAAUACAGACACUAAAUCAAAAUUCCUCCAUGCACAAAAUCAGCAUAGUGAUUUCAUGUGGAACAGGAAACCAUCACUGGUUACUUAUGAGGCAAGUUCUGAUGAAGAACAAGGCACUUCACACAUUUAACAAUUAGUCUAAAAUAUUGUUUUUGGUAUUUUGUUCAAAUGAAUCAGGAAGUGGUUAGUAAGCCUCCUAAAUUUUAAAUGUUACCAAUAAUAUCAAAUUUUAUUGGGGAGCCUUUAAAUGGGGGGGAUUCUCAUUGCCUUGCCCUGUCACACACAGGAGUGGGUUAGUUUUUAUAGAGGGGAAAAGAAAAUAUCUGGAAAAUUACAAUUUCUGUGGGGACUUCUCACACACCCCAGCUUUCCCUAGCCUUAACCCUUUAACUCCCAAGAUCUGAUUGUUUCUUCUCCCCUCUAGCUGCUACACAUUUCCUUGUAAAUUGUUUAUGAGAAUUUGGUGUUCAAUCAAAGUAAUAUUUUGUAUCUGAUGAGUUUGAGUAUUCUCAUUACCUGUUUGCUGGAUAAUGUAUGGAUAUUAUAGGGAGAAGUUACAUGUUAAUCACUUCUGGGAGUUAAAGGGUUAAUGUGUCUUUCGAACCCCAUCUCUACUAUUGCACAACUCCAACUUCCUCUACUCUCCUUUCCCAUUGAGUUGAGGCAGACAUUUGUUAUUUGGAAAUGUUUGGGUUGAGAAUGGACAGGUAUUGGUCUCCUCUACAAUGUUAAGUAGACAAAUUGUAAGAAGCCCAUUUACUCUCUGAACCAUAGCUGAUUUUGUCCCUUCUCCAUUAAGUAGAAUCUGAAAUUAAAAUCCUCUCAGCCCUAUCUAACCACUCAAAAUACCAUUGACAACCCCAUUUUUUUCUCCUCUUUAUAAGCAAUAUGAUCUCUGUGACACAACUGCUAACAUUGAGAACCACCUUCAUAGUUCUAAUUAAAAUGGUGUACCAGUUAUAA